AUGUGUGGUUGACGAGGAGGUGGGGCUUCCAUAGCUGCAGAAGCUGCUGCAUUGAACCCUCCUCAUCCCUUUCAGCUGGUGCUUUUGAUCCACUACUAGCACAUCCAAACCCAUUCCCCAAAGCUGCUCCCUCGAGGUCCCGAGCCAAACUUCCGGGCGGGCGGGCGGGAAGCAGCUCUCCUCCUUUGAUCUCGCCGGGGCGCGAGGAGCAGCAGCAGCAGCAAUAUUUCAAAUUCCUCACAAGCAGUAGAGAGGAAGGCGCUCCACGCCAUGGACGUAAGAGCUGCCCUCCUCCGGUGAGGGAAGCGGAGCCAUGAUGACGUGAGACUGGAAACGGAAAGCGAGACCCCAAAGCAAGUCUGAAAGGUGUAUUAUUGUGGUGUGACGUUGGUUGGUGCCCAAUUCAUCUCUCUUUCCCUCACACGCAGCGUAAAUAUGAAGAAACCCUUUUCGUGUGUGUUUUGUGUGUGCUGUUCCCUCCGGAAUUUGUCCUGGCUGAGGCGGGGACAGCGAGCGCGGAGGGACAGGAGUAACUUUUGAGGGGAAGUGGCGGCGGCGGCGGCAAGUUGUGGCUUUUUGUGUGCGGGCGCGCGCGCGCGCUUUCGCCUACGUUUGUCUGUCACACUCAUAUACAUACACACACACAAAGAGAACGAGAAGCAGAGCAGCUGCUUCCUCACGUCCGUGAGGAAACUCGCUUUCUCUCUCUCUCGCCCCUCUCCCCCCCCCCCGCCUCGCGCUGCUUUUCGCGCCUCCCUCCCCACAGGCGGCUCUUCCUCUCCGCGCGCCCGCCCGCCCGCCCGCGCGCGUGCGCUUGCCUAGUGCGGCGCGUGGGGCACCUGCUUGUCUGGGCUGCUGUUUGCCGCUGCCGCCAGCGCCACGCAGGGCUGCCGAAGCUAAGAGCUGCUGCUCCUGCUCGCUGCCGCCGCCUCCUCCUUACUGCCGGUUCCAGUUCCUUCCUCCGCUGGCGCCGCUAGUGUUGCUGCCGCUGCCGCUGCUGCCGUGCGAGCGAGUUGGGCUCCUCCGGUGGGGUUUGCCCCUUCCCCGCCUGCUCCUUCCCCCCCACCCCCUUUUGCCUGCGAGUCAGCCUGGCUCCGAAUCACGUGGCAAUUGCCUGAGGCUGAGACUAAAAAGGGGGAGGAAUAAAAAAAAGGGGGGGAGAGAGAGAGCAAAAAGCGCCUCAUUCCUUCUUCCACCGCCAUACUGUAUUUUAUAGUAACUCGCAUUUUUAUUCCUUCCUUUUACUCCCGCUCGGUGAGUACCUUUCCGCUGACAUUCUUGUCCUCCUUUUUCGUCCUGUUUUUGUUUUUUCCUCUCUCUUCCUUUUUUUUGUUUUUGUUUUUGCUGCUUUUUUAUUUUUUAACCUCUUUGUUUUCAUGGAUUUGAUCCUUUUUCUGAUGACAAGUUUUUUUUUUCUUAGCAUGCGAUGGUUUACUAAACUGGGAGCAAAAGGUGUUGCUGGAACUGGAAGUCACUGGGAGCCUAAAGAGGAAAGGAGAAAGAGAGCGAGCGAGAGAAAUAGACUUGCCAGUCCAGCAAUAACGUAAAUGCAGAUAAAUUAUACGUAUUUAUACAUAUGCAACUGGUUUUGUUGUGAGAAAGAAAGAAAGAAAAGCGAUGUGAAUUAUAAUGCAUUUUUUUAUUAAAAAAAAAACCAAAGAGGUGAGAAAUGGGCAUGUUGCUUAAACUCUGUUUUGCAGAGAUUUUUGAUGAUGUUGUUUUGGUUUUUUUAUUUUUUGUAUAUAUAUGAGAUUUGAAAAUGCAUUUUACAGCAGUGUUUACAAAGAGUUUGUAAUCUUGCAAUACUGGUGCAAGCCACUAAGCAAGAUAUUAAUUUUGUUAAAUGGUUUUUGUUUUUCGUUUUGUUUCCUUUUUUUGGACACCCGGUUGCAAUCAGCCGUUUUUCUUCUUUUUCUGUUUUUGGUGCCCGGUUAUAAUGUGAAACUUUUCUUGUAGCUUGGUACUGUUGAUCAUUUUUAAAUACACCCCCACUUCCCUUAAAAAAUACUAUAUUGCAAAAAAGAGAGAAAAAGCCAAAGAUAAUUCCUUUCCAAAAUUUCACUUUUUUAUUCUUUUAUACCGAGAUAAUGUUAUGAUGAUUAUCAUAAUGUUGAUAGAUAUACACAUAUAUACAAAUAAGUACAUUUUCAAAUGAUGGCAGUGGAAGGUUUUCCUGGAGAAUGAAGUGCGGUUUGGUUUCCUUGUCAACGGAAGAUGAAGUGAACAACUGAACAUCUCCCCAGUGCAGGUACUUUAGCUCCUUGUAGGCGUUUCCACUCUUUGUAAAUUACAUUACCGAGAUCCCCCCUCCCUCUCUCCCCAAAUAAGAUCUCUUGAGCCUUAGCUGCAGAGCUGUAAGUGAUGAAAUGAAGAUGAAGCUAGGUAUUCUUUUGCUGUUUGAAUAGAUACAAAACUGUACUAAUUGUGCACAGGUCAUUGCAUGGUUUGUGUGCAUAAAGGGAGCUUACCUGAGUGGAACCCGUGAGAGACAUCUCACAGGCAGGGACUCUUUGAUGGGGUUAAGGAACUGACAAUGCCAGGACUUGAUAGAGAGAAAGAUGUUGGGGUUUUGUUAUUGCCCACUAGGUGUUUGAGACAGACACAGCAGCAGCAGCAUCCCUCUGAAGCUUGUUACCUUAUCAGGCUUGAGCCUGAGACAUUUUUUGCAACCAGAUACACCACACACAAACACACAUGCACACCUCACCCCCCCUUAUUUCCAACAUCUGUCUUCCUCCUUAACAAUGCCUAAAUAAUGCACUGUGUCUCCUACCUAUCAGUUUUCAGUUAUAUGGACAAAGAUUUGACUAUAAGAAAACAGUUGGUAUUUGUUUUCAUUUUGGUUUAAUGAUUAUUGGUGUUGUUGACCUCCAGUGCCUGGGAAAUAGUUGCCUUCCAUCCUAAUUCAUGAUUUGGGCAAGAAAUGGAUUGCUUUGUUUGCCAUGCUGUUAAUCACUGAAUAGUGAUAGAUGGUGAUUUUAAAAGAGUGUAAAUGAAGAUGCAGUUUGAAAUUUUUUCCUCCUUCCCCUAUCCCACCAAGCUUUAUUUGAGUAGUUCAAUAUGUGGUCAGAGUUAGAUGUUUUGCAUGUUUGCUGUUCUGUGUGGUUAAUACUUUAAAAUGGUAAUGUUUAGAUUACAUGGGCACAUACUUUGUGGUUUCUUUAACACAGCCAGGCACAACAAGUGUGCAGUGGUAUAUUUUCAUGUUUUUAACCAAACUUAGGUUGGAGAGAAAGCCGUUCCUACAUCUUAUCUAAAAUGUAUUUAAUUUGAAAUGCUUUGCACAUGCAUAUGGUAAUGAUGGAAAAAGUUUGUUCUUGCAUAAUCUGCAGUGCUAAGGUUGUUGGGAUGUGGAAAACCAAAUUAAAUCAACUGAGUAAUGCUGUAUAGAAAAGCAGAGACUGAAGACAUGCAUUUUCCAGUAGUAUGCGAUAAAUUUCAUGCAACUGACCCAGCAAGACUUCUCAAGAGAUACUUGUUUAUCUAAUUGAUAUGUGUAGCAUUUAGCCGAAGGUGUUGACUGUACAUCUCAAAGAUAAACACAUUUCUGUAGAAGCAAAUGCAAUUUUUUUUGAAAAAUGAAACUUUGUUUCUGUGUAAAUAUGCUUAAAGCUACAAUCCUAUACACACUUUCUGGAAAGUAAGUCUUAUUGAAUUAAGUGGGGUUUACUUUUAAACAAACUUGCAUAGGAUCAGGUUGUACUAUUGAAGUACCAAUUUAACAACACACUACACCUUAUUUUAAAAUAUAUACUGAAAAUAUUAAGAAAAACAGUCUGAAAAACGUAUGUUGGUCCCAUCAGUUUCAACUGAAUGUAUAUUCAGGAUCCGGGCUAUAUGUGGAGAAGAUAAGUUGCUUGUUUGGAAUAGUUACUGUCUUUGCUGAUCAUUUUGAAAAGCAUUAUUCUAAAUCGAUUGGUCAGGGGCUGAGAAACCUUUGCAUUUAGCCACCAUUGUUUCAGAGAUGCUUUCAUUUUUGAUAUUUUAAAGAUGCUUUUACCAAACAAAGCAGACUUGCCUUGCCUUGCUUUGUAAGAUAAUGCAGAUGUGUUACCUCAGUGAUUUUAAAGAAUGCCACUUCACUAGGUGCCAUAUCUUUGUGCUUUUUCAUAUAAAAUUAAUUCCGAACACUUUCUGAUGCAUGUGGGAACUAAUAAAACUUUAUGUCAGAUGCAGUGUUUUAAGAGGAAACAUUCCACAUUUUGAGUAUAUUCUUAAGUGAUUUUUCAGAGUUCUUCCAUUUUCUUCUAGGUGAGUAAUCGUUGAAGGUCCUCUGGAAUAUUCUGAAUGUAAUGAAGAAUAUGUGUAUAGUGUUUUCAAAACUUGAGCCAAAUAUUGUAGAGUUUUGGAGAAUUGCCAUUUUGAGAUGCAUGCAUAGCGUAUAAGUAAUAUUUGGCAGACAGGUGCAGCCAGAUCCUAAUUAUGUUUACACAGAAGCAAGUCCCUUUUAUUUCAGUGAACUUUGUCUCCAGUAGUAGCCUGGUCCUAUGCAGAAUUAAGCAUGUGUAAAUAUGUGUUGGAUUGGACCCUCAGGUGUGUUUUGGAAUGCAACCUCAUCCCUUUUAUUUAUCAGUGUGCAUGUCUUAGCUGAUUGAAUUUAAUGCUGUCGGAAACUGAGUUUUCUCAACGAAGUGACUGCAAGUCUGAAAAUCUAGAGAUAUCAGUGCUUCUACUAUUUGAAGCAACAGAUUUGUAAAUUAUAAAUUCAGAAUAUUUUAUAAUGGAUGCAUACAAGAUUGUGUACCCAUAAUAACGUUUGAAAGUGGCAAAGUAAUUGAAAUACAAUUUAAAUAUCUCAGUUUUCUUCAAAGGAAGACAAUCUUAUUUUGCGUAGCUCUCUAACAGAAUAUGUUUGUUGUGAAGUCCAACUUCACUAUUAUCUGGGACUAAAUCUGCUCAGUUAAGGGCUUGUCUCAAGAAGCCGCUAAGUGCCCCCAUUUGAUAAGAGCACUGUGUUUUUGCACUGAUAUAGACAGAGAUGCACAGGAAAGGAUCUCUUAGUGUCUCUGUUUCGGAUGUUUGUUUAUGGUUGCAGCUUGCCCUUUGAAUUGGUGUAAGGUUCUUAAGCAUCCUUAUCUGGAAGUAAGACAAUGUGUGCUUAGAGACUUACUUCCAAAUAAACAUGUUAGGAUAGUUCUGCAUGAUGGUAGCUUGCAUACAGUACAUUCGAUAGAUCUAGUUUAUUCUCACAGCUUGAUCCAAUGCAUGUUAGUUCCAAUGAAUUCAGUAGAAAUUAGUCUUAAAUAAGUAUGCAUAGACUACAGCCUUAGUAUAGAAGGGCUUUGAGUAAUAUACUUGCACUUCAGCUAGUGAAAAAUGCUGCAGCCCUGAUGUUGGUUGGGGCAAGGUGCUCAGAGUAUAUUACUCCAAUAUAAUAUUAGCUCUACAGUGGUACCUUGGUUUACGAACUUAAUCCAUUCUGGAAGUCAGUUCUCAAACUGAAACCAUUCUUAAACCGAGGCACACUUUAUCUGAUGAGGUCUCCCGCUGCUGGUGCCCUUCCACCGUUCGGAUUCUGUUCUUAGACCGAGGUUAAGUUCGCAAACCAGGACACUACUUCCGGUUUUGCCAAGUUCGUAAACUGAAUCGUUCGUAAACAGGGCUGUUCUUUCCAAUUCAAAGUGCUGCUUAUGACCUUUAUUGCAGUUAAUGGUUGGGGAACCAGGUUACUUGAAGAACAACCCGCAUCCAUGUAAACCUGGCUGGACUUUAAGAUUGGCCUAGAGGGCCUGCUUGUGGAUCCAUCAGUAGCUACAACUAAAUUUUGGCGGUGGAACUCUCCAUUAUUGGAGAGCUGAAUUCAACAUUCUCCUUGAUUUCUCUUAGACAAAACAUAAAUAUUUUUAUUUUCCAGUUAGCGUUGGUUAAGCCAAGCAGGUAUGCUGUACCACAAAUGAGGGGGCUGGUUCUGUUGUUCUAUAUGGUCUUAUCAUUGACUGCCUGGUUGUUUUUAUUCCACGAGUUAAGUAUUGUAUUGCUUUGUGUUGUGGAUAUUAAUGUGACUUUUUUUUUUUUUUUACUUUAAGCUGCUUUGGGAGGAUCAAAAUCCUGAAAAGCUGCACCUAAAUUGCUAAAUAAACUAAAUAAACAAAAUAUACCUCUGUAACUUUAUGUACAUUUUAUAACGGUAGUGCUCUAUAUCUUUGAUUGGGUUGCAUCAGAGAUUUGCAGAGCUCAGAGGAGAUCCCCUUUCUCCAUCCAUGGAAGAACCUAUGGUAAAUACAUUUGAAUUUACAUUUGACUCAUUGAGGCCCCCCCCUCCAUUAUCUGUUUCUUUUUUCAUGCUAGCAUGUCAUGAUUCAGUUUUCCUUACACAGCAGUGUGACAGGCUUUGAUCAGAAUCCAUACAUGACACCAGUCUGUUUUUAUGGAAACUGAAGUCCCUAGGCUGUGUUUGGGCAUUUACUUCAUCUGCUCUGAUUACUUUGUCAUAAUGCAAGUUAUGACAUAACGGGCAUGCAGUCUUCAGUUGUCUUGCAUUCUUCUGGGCUAAGGCAAAUCUCUUUUUUGGGGGGGGCGGGGAUUACAUUGCAAUGGAGACCCAUACAUAAUUCUGAAUUCUGAAUGUGUGUAAGCAUUGUUCAUAUAAUUUGUCACCUUGCCUCUGACAAAUCAGAAAUUCAAAUUUUAGCCUUCCAGAGCAUGCAGUGACAGGGCAGUCAGUCAUGUGUUACACCAAUUUACAAAGUCAGGCUUCACAUAUAUAUAUCAAAUGUUUUAAGUAACUGCAAGAAGGGUUGAUUGCAUUAAUGAACCCCCUCAGUUUAAUGCCAUUACUACAAUACUCAAACUCAUAUAUAUAAUAGUCUGUGGUGCAGUUGUUCUGGAAAAUUUUGAAGUGGAAAAUUCAAAAUGGGCAUAUGAUUUAGCAUGUUUAGAUGACUUACAUUUAGUAAAAAAAAUAGCAAAAUUAUAUCAUGUUAGUUUUACAGUGGUACCUCGGGUUACAGACGCUUCAGGUUACAGACUCCGCUAACCCAGAAAUAGUACCUCGGGUUAAGAACUUUGCUUCAGGAUGAGAACAGAAAUCACGCGGCGGUGGUGUGUCAGCAGCGGGAGGCCCCAUUAGCUAAAGUGGUGCCUCAGGUUAAGAACAGUUUCAGGUUAAGAACAGACCUCCAGAACGAAUUAAGUUCCUAACCCGAGGUACCAGUUUAUAUGCUGUAUAAAUACAAGAAGUUAUUCCAGUAGUCAAAAGUAGUUCGAACUGAAAUAGCUAUUUGCAGCAGUAGGGAUAGGGUUCAAUAAAGUGCACACAAAACAAUCCUGUACAUGUUUACUCAGAAGUAAGUCCCCCUGUACUGCAUAGGAUUUACUUCCUGGUGCGUGUGUUAAGGAUUGUAGCCAGGCAGAGCACUCCAAACUCACUUUGUAGCAGGUUGGAUGGUGAUGGUGGAUUGGGUAAAGGUGUCACCGCGCCCAGCGUGGGGCUUCCUUUUCUACCUGCCAAACAUGUAUACAGACAGAAGUGCUGCCAGGGGGAUCCCCACCAGCAGAAGCCCUCAAAACGGUGUUCUGGAGGCAGUGAGGGGGAGGCCUGAUUGCACAGCGAUUAGCCUUUCCCCCAUCCUGACAUCCCAUCCUGGCCAUUGUGUGUGGUUGAGCUACAGAGGCAACUGUGGUCCCACUCCUCUGUAAAGCACUGCUGGUCAGUGGCUGGGACUUGGAUUGUGGCUUGCUUCUUGCAUUCAAACAACUUCUAAGGAUUUCUUGGAAAUCAUUUUUUGUUGGAAUGUUCUAAACAUUCUAAAAUAUGGCAAUACCAUUCUCUAUUGGUACAUUAUAUUUUAAGGGGGAGGAAUCAAUGCCCUGAAAACACUUGAAUCUACUAUUUUUAGCUUCUCUGAAGAUCAGUGCAAAUAUGUGCUCUCUAGGGAUAGUCACUUGAAAAAAAGUUAAUUGCAACUUUGAUUUGACUAGUAUUAUAUCACUUCCAGUUGCUCUGUUUGAUUUGUAUUGGCUUAGUGAGAUGUGUAUGAGAAGGAAGGAGCUACUGUUAGCCUUUGGCUCAUAUAUCCCCACUCUCCCCACUCAUAGAGGAGGAAUUUGGCAGCUUUUUAAAAAAGAAAUGUGUGCUGUGUUAUCCACACAGGGAUCCAGGUUUAGAACAAACCCUGGUUAGUUUAAUAAGCCAGCUUCAGAAACAAUGGUUUGAAGUACUCUUGCUUUGAAACCGACAAUCGUUUGUUAUAAGUUAGAAUUCCAGGUCCAGAUAGUCUAGCUAGCUGAGAUUCAAGGGAGGCUGGGGUGCAGGGGUUGGGAGAGGGUGUUAACAAAGUCCUGCGCCUGGACACAUGAAGUGGUGAAGAGUGUAGAAACCUCUGGUGCACAGCAGGCCCUUUCUGGUUGUACAUGUCUUGGCAGAUCAUGGUUUAGUAGUGUGAUGUGUUAGCCAGCAAUGCCAUCUUGAUAGUAUGAAGUAGUGUAGAUAAAUAAAAGUAUUGGUACCUGAAGUUUCAUUUAAAUUUUAUUUUGACAUAUAUACAUUUUUGGCUUGAACAAUUGUUGAUGCUAUCUUUUGUGGAGACUAAAUAACAGCCAUGUUUUCCUACAAUAUACUGUACAAAAUUAUUUCAUUAAGCCUAAUUACAUGUUAAUCUAAGAAAUGUUUAAAAUUGAGGUAGCAGUUUAAUGCUUUCUUUUCUUUCCCGUUCGUAGAGGAAAAAGAUUGAAUAAUUUUAAAACUUGAUUAUUUUCCUAAAUAAAUAAAGUAAAAAUAAAUGGAUUAAUGUUAUUAAUUAAGCAUCCUGUGCCCACCCCCCCACCGGCUUUAUGAAUGUAGUCCUGCCACCUGGUCAGCAUUCAUUUUUCAAUAUUUUAGUGGUAGGGCUUCUCCUGGAGUCACCUGAAAUCUCACGUGAAAGAUGUGGGUUCCUUACUUUAGUCCUGUCACUGUUCUCUCUUUGUCUCCAAAGAAUCCCUUGGAAAGUGGUAUGACAUAUCUUCCCAUGCCAAUAAGUCCACUGUACAGUAGAACAGGGGUGUGGAACCUUGGAUCCUCAAAAAUGUUGCAAAAAUCAGCUCCCAUAAUUGCUGACCAUUUGUCAUGCUGGCUGGGGCUGGAGGGCCCCAUCUGGAAGGCCGCUGAUUCUCCAUCCUAUCAGCAGAACAAAGCGGUAUUUAAUAACAUGUAGUUCAGCCACCUGAAUAGGUGACUCUGUACAGUGGUACCUUGGGUUACAAACACCUUGGGUUACAGACUCCGCUAACCCGGAAGUAGUACCUUGGGUUAAGAACUUUGCCCCAGGAUGAGAACAGAAAUUGCGUGGCAGCGGCAGUGGGAGGCCCCAUUAGCUAAAGUGGUACCUCAGGUUAAGAACGGUUUCAAGUUAAGAACGAACCUCUGGAAUGAAUUAAGUUUGUAACCAGAGGAACCACUGUAGUUACCAUGAAAGCCUGAAUAAUACCUUUAUUCAUUUGGAUAUGGGGGAAAUUUUCCCUUUGUCAUCACUAAUAAGGGUAAAUAAACUUCCUUGGUGUGAAGUACAGAAGGAUGCUCAAGUGUACAGUUUUAGUUAAACUCUAUGGGAAAGGCUAUCAUUCAGUGGUAGAGCACAUGCUUUGGAUGCAGAACGCCCCAGGUGCAAUCACCAUCACCUCCAGGGCGGGCUGGGACACACCCCUGUCUGAAGUUCUAGACAGCUGGUGCCAGCCAGUUUAGUAGACAUACUGAGUUAGGUGGACUAAUAAUCUAACUCAGGAUAAGACAGCUUUUUAUGUUAUGAUUACCCAUUCUAAAACUUGUAUCACAGUACUGGACAAGGUAAAUUUCCAAAAGUAUGGAGGAAAGGAAAGACCAGUGAGCUGGCCAGGAAGUGCUCAAUGGACCUGGUGUGGGUUGAGGACUGAAAAUCACAGUGUAUCUUUCAAAUUCUUCAGAGCAUUACUACUACUAUUCCAUACUCUCAUGGUUCCAAGUUGCUAUUUUGUGCUUGUAUAAGUCUUAAUUGUGCACUUUUCUCUCAUCAUGUUUGUUUGUAAAUAUAUGAAUGACUUGCAUUUCUGUAGUUUAGAGCCAAAAUUGACAUUGUAUCUGGUUGCACAUACCUCCAAUAUUUGCUGCUUCUUGUUGUUUUUGACAUGCAAAGCAGUCAACUUCAGGAGAAGGGCUGCUUUAGUCUUUUCAUUCAGGCCGUUUUACUGCUCAAUAGCCCUUCACUGUGGAGCUUGGGGUUCCCAUAUCUUUUUGCUUCGGGGGGGGGGGGGAGCAACAGAACACAGUAUUUUAAGCAGGAAAAUGGUAUGAGAGAUUGAUUUAAGCAGCCCCUGUGUCCUGCUGGUUCUCUGUUCAAGCUGUCACCAACCACAGCUGCUUUUCCUUAAAACAAAUACAUCAGAACAAAGUUACAUGCAACUUACCAUUCCAAGAGAAAUGCUUAAUGCCACUGUGUUUUGAUUUCUUUUUUCCAGUUUGUGUUGAUCUGGUCUGUAGAUCAGAUUAUUUCAUUGCUGUAGAAUUCAGGGUACAUGAUGUGACACUUUGCAUAAUAAAAAGUGAUGGCCUAAUUAGGGGAUGGUCACGCUUAGCUAACCAAGUGAUGUAUUAUUAAGUUCAGCAUAGGCUAGCAAAAGGGAACAAUAGGCCAGCAAAUAGCAUUCAUAUUUCAUUGGAGGGCCACUUACAGCUUGCUUUUAUCUAGAUUUUUUUCAUGGUCAUACAUUUUGGUGAUAAUGAGACUGCAUGGUUCAGGACCAAUAAAAAGCAUGUAUUUUAUCAAAAUCACAUUUGAAUUUGCUUUAAAAGCAAAAGAGAGUUCAAUGUGGGCAGACUUGUCACUAGCACAUUAAUGUCACAGGAGGCCAGGAAUGUCUGCCUAUCUCACAGCUUUCAAGCAUUGACUUGCAAGGUAAAAAAGAAAAGAAAAGAGUUUUUGAAUACCUGUGUGGUAGUGAUUCUUAUUGCUUAUGUUUCUUUAAAGCAUUUAAAUUUAUGUUUUCAGACCUGUCUUUUUGGAUAUUUUCUUUCACAGCACUGUUUCAUUCCAGAGCUGUUUCAUAUUUUGGCUGCAGUCCUACACAUAUUUACCUGUGUCAGCUGUGUUAAACAAAGGGGGACCUAUUUCCUAGUAAACAUGCACAGGAGUGUACUAUUAGAAUAGUAGAAUGUUUGCACCAUACAGAGCACUCCUUUUAUCUCAGCAAUGGCACGGAAUUAAAUUUGAGAAAAAUAAUUUCAUAUUUUCAAAAAAGCUGUUUAUAGAAGCCUUUCUAGUCAAACAGGGGCCGAUCUCAAGACACGCUGUGCCUGCAGUUCUUAUUGAACUUAAUUUGUGUUAUGACUGUUUAUUGCCUUUUUAAAGAAAUUAUUCUGAAGUGUGUGGCUGGAUGAGCAUAAUAUUUGUGAUGCUGCUUCAAGCUAAAUGCAUGAGUGAUACAAAAAUAUGCAGAUACCGUGCCAAAUCUUAUGUCACCCUAGAGCUCUUUCUUUUUAUCUCUCCUAACUCAUGGUGGUCAAAAAAAUAUGAGAUGGACUCAAAGAGGAGAAGGCAAUUGCUUGGAGACAUUCCUAUAUCAUCGUUGUCACAGGCUAGGUCUUGUGUAAGUGCUUUUAUUGGCUUAAGAGCAGAAUGCAGAGACGCCCCCCCCCCAGUGUAUAUUAACAGCAUAUAGGAGUGUGCCCCCUCCACUUACUGAACGUUGUAGCAAACAGUGGGACUUGCUGUUCUUUCUCCCCAACCCUAAACAGAUUUACUUUUAAGCGAAGCAAGCUUUGUGGGAAGCGGAAGAAUUUUGAAGGAUGUAUUAUAACAACAACAACAACAACAAUUUUAUUUAUACCCCGCCCUCCCCGGCCGAGACCAGUCUCAGGGCGGCUAACCAAAUAUAUAAUACAUUAAAAACACAAAAUCAAACGAUUAGUUUAAAAUACAAUUCAAAUCACAUUUAAAAUCAAAAUAAAAUUAAGUGGGAACCCAUGAAUCAUAACCGUAGGGGUAAGGAAUUAAAAGUUCACCAGGCCCGGCCACUUGUGCUGGUCCCAUAUGGGCCGAUAGAAAGAGCCAAGGAGGCCACUUACGUACAGGGUCCCAUAGAAAGAAGGGACUGGGCUCAGACCAAAGGCCUGGUGGAACAGCUGCAUCUUGCAGGCCCUGGGGAAAGAUGUCAAAUCCCGCAGGGCCCUGGUGUCUUGUGACAGAGCGUUCCACCAGACUGGGGCCAUGUAUCCUCUUCCAAGUAGCACAACUGUACUCCAGUCUUCCAGUCAUUACUCCAAUCCCUUUUAUUUGGGCAAGACAAGUCUGUAUAUGAGGACACCAAACAAUUGUGACUGUGUCAUAAUAUUUUUAGUCUUUCUAUCUACCUGGUGUUACUUUUGCCCUGCUUAGGUUGGCUAUUUAGUUCCCAUUCUUCCACCCAAGCCCUGACUUGUGUGACUUCCCUGCCUCAAUGUACCUUUUGGUACGGCUUUUGUCUUUGGGACACUUCUGCAUGGAAAAAGUGACACAAUGAAAGGGCUGGUUCUGUGCUGUUUUUAUUGUAGUUAUUUGUAUGUUUUAAAUAUGUAUUGAGUUGUAAUUCUGUUCAUGUUUACUUGUUUUUUAAUAAUAGGUUUUUUUUUCUAUGUUUCCAGUGAUUUUUGAUUAUAUUUGUAAGCUGCCUAGAGUCUUGUUAGGGAAAAAGGUGGUGUAAUAAUAAUAAUAAUAAUAAUAGGAACAACAGCAACAACAAUAUAAACACGAUCCAUUGCUUGCUCAAUACAUACAUUCAGAUAAGUGUAACUAGAUUGUUCAUAACUAUUAUUAUUAAAAUCUGUUAUCCGCCUUUCACCCUAGGGUCCCAGGGUGGGCUACAACAAUUAAAACAACAUCAAAAAAGCUUAUACCAAGAACAAACUUAGUUGGUCUCUAAGGUGCUACUGGGCUUUUUAUAUAUAGAGAUAGAGUUUAAAACAACUUAAAUUAUAAAAAAAUGUACAUCUCAAGUGUCAAAAGCCAGGGUAAAGAGGUAUGUCUUCAGCAUUUGCCAAAAUGAAGAUGCCAGAUCCAUCUCUGUGGGGAGGGAGUUGCAGAACCCAAGAGCUCCCACAGAGUGUGACCUCUCCCAGCCUCUCACCCCCUUCUCUUCCUGCCCCAUGCACCGUACCAGAUCAGCACAGGGGCUAGGCGGGGGGGGGGGGGUAUUGAGAGAAUCUCCCAGAACAGCACAUGGUGGUAGGAGAAGGGUGCUCACACUGAUUGAACGAUCAUAAUAGUGCAACAAUUUCUCCAACUACGUCAACUUUGAAUGAAUGACUUCUAACAAAUACUCUAUGCUAAGCAUCACCAUUUGAACUAGGUUACAUCAAACAUCACUUUAAAUGAUAUUGAAGUAACAGAAGUUUCUGUUACAGAUUCUCAGUCAUAUGAAGGACCGGUUGUGGGCUGAUGGGUGUGAUAGUUAUUCUAUAUUUAAAUUAAUGCAGCUGGAAAUGUUUCAGUCUCUAUACAUUCAGUCAAAAGUCUCAUAAAUACUUGUGAAAAGCCCAGUCAAGGAACUGCAUUUGCAGUCACAUAGUUAGGCUUUAUGUUUACAAUGUUAAGAGUUCACAUAAGUAAUUUUAUAGUUUGAUUGUUCAUAGCCGAAGCAUUUUUUAUUAAGGAAAUAUAAAAUUAUUGGUAAAUAAAAGGCACCCUUGUUUAAGAAUUCAUUUUCUGGUUACAUGGUUUAUACUUUAUUUGCGGUUGAGAAUUACAAGAAAUUGGUAACAAAAUUAAAGACAACCUUGGGCCGUUUCAGACAACCACUCUUGUGAUUCUGGCUGCAAGGGAAAAAUGCCUGUGACAAGUUAGUAUUAAUUUGAAGUUUGAUGCCAUAUGCUAAAGCUAGCAUGGAUUGAAUGUUAAUGUUCAGUUGCAAUUGUUUAAUGGCACUAUCAUUUUAUAUUAGUAUGAAUAUAUAAAUCAUAUCCUGCAUCCCUCUUUAACUCACAGACCUUGGGCUGUAUGCAGCAUGCGACCCUGUACUGCAGUCUAACUGGGAAGAGCCACUAAAACAUGACUUACAAAGCUGCUUAGCUACUAGGCUUGCAUGUUUUGCUACAUGUUACUCAGGGGAUGGCCAGGGAGCUAUGAAUUAGACAGGCCUAUUGUCUUAAUGGAAUUUCAUUAUGUCUCAAAAGUAAUAAAUGGAAAUGGUUGAAAUGAUGGGCUUCUGCUGAAUGUUUAUAUAUGCAGUUCUGUGCAGUAGUUGAUGUGUCUUAUGGGGUUUAAACUUCUUAUAGGGUCUAGACAAAUUAAUUGAAGAUAAGGCUAUCAAAACCUGCUAGCCGUCAUGGCUCUGUACUAUCUCUAGUAUCGGAGAGGGUAUGUCUCUGAAUACCAGUUGCUGGGAAUCACAGGUGGGGGAGAGUGCAUUUGUGCUCAUUCCGUCCUUCUGAACUAGACAUGUGGUUGGCCACUGUGAGAACAGGAUGCUAGGCUAGAUGAACCUUUAUUCUGAGAUUCAUUUUUUUUAUACGAGUCGGGCUGAUAUCUCUACUGACUGCUGCUGUUAAAUGUCAAGAUGCUACAUGCUGCCCAAAGUGAUUUCAGUGGAGAUGGUAAUGAGCACCAGCAAGAUAAAGUAUAAUAUGACUAAUAGAAGGCAUUUGAAUAGGCUGAAUUGAUUCUGAACAAAGCAGUAUUUUCCCCCAGAUCCUAAACUAAAGUGCAAUCAGCAUGCUAUAAUAACUCUGCUGAAAGAACCCACAUCAACGGACUGAGAAAUCUGAUGAUUAAGUAAUGAUAGAUACUAAAUGGUGCUCAGAAUGCAAAGCACAAAGUUAACUAUUUCAGAACUCCAGUUCUUAGCUGCAAUUAAUGUACAUAUAAUUAGAGUAUUGACUACAUCUAGAGUCUCUGCAGUUGAUCCUUUUCUCCCAGUCAAAACUAUUUUCUUUGGUUUUUAAAAAUAUUUUUAUCGUUUGGAUCAGACGGAUUAUUAAAGUCCCCCUCCUCUCAGUUGUGGUGAUCAAGAUUGGGGUCUUUUUGGUUGUUGUGCUUUCAUGAAAUAAUUCUGACAUCAACAAUUCUAUUCAGUAUAACAGAAGAGUGCAUUAAAAUUGUUGUUUUGUUACUUGCCUUUCUUUUUAUUUUAUUUAUUUUAUUUUUGUUCAAGCUUUUCGUUCCCUUAUCUUGGGAUAUGGGCUUUUCUCUUGGUGCCAAUGUAACUCUGAAAGCAAACAGAAUAGGGAUAGAAGAGGGCCAAGCAAGUGAAAAGAGGAGGAGGGCAGCAGCUGGAAUGGAUAAAAUUCUAUAGGUGGUUGUGUUUCAUUUCUUCAGUCAAGCAAUGAAGACUUACUCAAAAUUGCUUUCAGCUCUGUGGUAAGACCUGCUCUGUGUUCAAGAUGAUGUCCAUGUUACCCAAAACAAUAUGUUCACUUUCUGAGAAACUGAACUUUGAACCCAUUUGGACAAAUUCAAUGAACAUAAUCUUUUAGAAAAAUUGAGAUGUCUUUACAAAUUCAGUAUUGUUUGCUUCUUCUGCUUAAGGGUCUUGUCCCUUUAUGGAAUGGUUGCAGUAAGGAGCAUAUUGAGGCUUUGCAACACAAGGACAGAAUCAGCUCUGGCUAACUUACGUUCAGCAGGAUUUUGCUUUAGCAGUUGUAGUGCUAACGCUUUAAUAUAUUCAUCAUAGCAGCUAGAGUAGAGGAUUCCUGUGCCUAUCCCAUGGACUUUGUUGCUCUAGAUUGUUCCAUUAGAUCAGUUUAAUUUACUAGCUGAAUAAGUUCACACUUCAGCAUAAGUGUCAAAGCGAAAUAUACUGUGCAAGGUGUUAUGCUGCAGUGCGAAGGAAAAGGUAAUAGGUGUUAAUGAUCAGAAGACUAACAAAACAGAAAAGAAAGAACUUCAUCAGUGGAGCAAUGCCCUAAAUUAUAUUAUCCUGAAAAAAGAAAAUGUAGAAAUUGUGGUGCUAUUUUCUUCUUGUGCAGAAAUGAAAUUCUCCAAAUGAACUGCACAUAAGCUGAAUUAUAUGUUUCAAAAGGGACAAUUAAAACAUUAAUAGGAUAUUAAUGAAAUGUGUAUAUUAAAUGCUAAAGGCUGGGAAGUAAUCCAUACCUCAGUGCUCAGUACCUGUAACGUGCUUUGUUGCUGCUUUAUUGUAGCUGUUUAAUAAGCCCAUUUGAAAUAAUUUCCCUUAAGAAUUGAUUACAUAAAAUUGGUUCACAAGUCAUUUCCUCCCUUCACCACCAUAAUUAUUUUUUCCAAUAAUGUUAUUGCAAGAGCCAUUGAGAAUGUGGCCCACGUAAUACAGUACAUAUUUGGUAGUACUUAAAAGUAUAGUUUCAAUUGCUAUUAUUGGAAAUUCUGAUUAGUAGAUGAACUGUUUUUUUGACAAAACGGUAGCAUAGCCAAGGAGGGCUCAUCAAUCAUCACCAUUUUGGAUUAGGUCAGUCAUGCCAAUGGAAGGCACCUGCUAGGUGAGAGAGAAGGCAUGUUGCUGGAUUCUGGAAAGGCUCACCACUGUGCUGUUUAAAUAUAUUCAUAUAAAAAGGAGAUUUCAAAGCAGAUGGGAAACAGUAUAUAAGUUUAACAGAUUUUGAACUUAUUCUGAAAUCUGCAUUAAACACAUACUGAAUGCAUCAGGGAAACCUGUGUAUGUGUUAUCCAAAAUUUUGUUACAUGCUACCUAUUCUGCCAAAACAACCUUCGGCAGUGGAGCAAAUAUAACAGUGGACUGUUCCGCUGUAUUAGAGAUCAUGAUAAUGUCAUAUGUGGUAUUUUGCUACUGGUUCCUGUGGUCCUCUCAGCUGAAGAAUUUGAGCAUAAGACUGCUCCCUUAAUAAUCAUUCUAUUGAUUUCCAAAUUUUAGAUGCACAUCCCAGUUCUUGUAUAGUCAAAAUUCUCAAACAUGAGAGAGGAAUCAGACAGCCUGGUACUUUCAGAAGUACCUCGGAAAAGUUCUUAAGGGAAUGGGGAAGCCCCCAAAACAGCCCCGUGUGGGACUGAGCAUGUUCAGUUGCCUACCUGACUUAUUGUAGAGGAUGGAGUUGUGGAAUGGAAUACCAGAUGAGAGAGGAUACAGAGGAGUGUCCCGGGAGAAGGCGUGGCUCACUAGACUGGAAGAGGAAAUAGGUACAUUCUACUUUGCAACCUUUUGUUCUGUUUGAUAGCCGGGGUAGCCUUCCCCUACCUGCCAUUGCCCAUAUAUCUUGGACUAUGAGUCCAAUCAUCUCUGACCAUUUUCCAUGCUGCCUGGGGGUAUGGGAGGUUUUCCAGAUAGCUUCAUCAGGCUAGAUUGUAAAUUAAACAGAGUGAGCGGGGGGGGGGGGGUUCCUGGCCAUGAGCCUGCAUCUGUCUUAAGGCAGAAUAUGGAAGGAUUCUAGAUUCUGUACAGCUAUCAGUUUGCAUAAAGGUCUUUUGGGAAGAAGAAAUAUAAAAAUGGCUAGUUCCUGUUCUCUGGAACUGCAGAAACCACCUGUUAUCUAGACUUGUCUUCAUCUGUAAGUAAAACCCACAGGUUUUUUGAUAGGUGAAGAUAUCCAGGUUGGCUUUUAAACCCAGAAUACUAGCUGAAAUUAAUUUCUGUGGAUUGCCCCCACCCCUUUAUGGCUAAUACAGAGAUGCAUAUCCAGAUUCUUUGCAUCACUUUCCAGCACAGUGGCAAAUAGCACUAUUCCAAGCAGCAAACUAACUAAAAUUAAAGUACAGUGUUUGUUUGAGAGAAAGUAUCUGAUUCCUCUGCAACAGUUGAAUAAACUCUGGACACCCUUUACAAAACAAACAACCAUCUUCCAUCACUUUGUUUAACAAGGCACAUUUUAUGACUAGAUAGAAAAUGGAUGCAAAGCCCCCCCCCCCCCCCGUCCUUGCCCAGCUGAACUGAAAUUAAUCAUAGCAGAGUUAUUGUGUAGAAAGUCAUUAUACUCAAGAAAGUUUUCCAUGGUCCAUGUUGCAAAAAAUGGUGGAGAUUGGGUACCUUGUGCCAACUUAGAUGUAGAUGACAAUGACUGAGUUCCAGUUAUUGUCUCAUCCUCUUAGACCAGAAGUGAAUGAAACUGGAGCUGUAGUUUUCCCAUGCAUGAAAGAUUGUCUGCAAAAGUGCUUCUUAAUGAACUACUUCAAUUUACCCAAUGUCACCUAUGCAAAGUAUAUACCUGGUGCAGGUGCAACCAGAAAGCACCAAACUAAAUGGACUCAGCAGUUUGUAAUCUUCAUCUGUGAAAGCACAAAGCAAUUGAUGUGGCGCCAAAAGCCACGGGACUCAAUGGAACCCCGAAACCUAUCAUCAUCAUUACUGUUCUUAUUUAACAACGGGAUGGAAUUUUGCAGACAAAAUGUGAUUUUUGUCAAUAGUUUGGGAACGGCUUCUCAAUUCCCCAUCUACAUGGAAUGUCAACUGGCAAUUUUCAGCAUUAAAAAUAAGAUGAAAGAACUAACAGUCAAGCUGAUUUUUCUUAAGUACAUAUUUAACCAGAACUCCCACACAAACAGUAUGUGCCUUUUUUCUUUUUGGCUAGGAACCAUUUAUUUGUGAGAUGAUGACUCAUCACUGGUUGUUGCUCUCAGGCUAUUAUGGACUGGUUCCCCAGGGUUUAGGGAAAGAGACUUAAUUUGUAUCUGUCGUAUUAGCCGACUAGUGAAGGGAAAAUGCAUAAUUCAAAUAACUCAGUUUUGUUUGAACCAUACUGAUUUAAAAUAUGAUCUUCCCUUCUUGCACUAGGAAGCUGAUCAAGAAUCCUGUCUACAGAAAAGAUCUAACUUUUUGUGAGAUUCAGAGACAUGUUUCAUUUGGAGAGAACAAAUGACCCCUUACCAACUGACAGCUGUAAAUACAUAAAACGUUGAAGCUUUCUUGAGGCAUGACUCCAAAUGCCAACACAAAAUCAAUACUGAAAAUCAAUACAGUAUAUGUGCAGUAGUUACUUAAUCAUAUUUUUUCUUAAUUUAUUUCGGUGACAGAGAGAGACAGAUCCUUAAGGGCAAAAGUUCUGUUCAUGUCAAUGGAGAUAUACAACAUUACACCCUCUAUUGGUCUUGCUAGUAUAUCCACUGACAAACCGUGAACUAAAUCCAGUGCAAUUUCCAUUACAUAUGUAAUUUGUCAGCACUGAAUGUGAUUGUGACCUAUACUGUAAUCUCAGAAUUUUGCAAAAAUCUUCAAAAACUUUUAAUUAAUGCAUAGUGGGUGGGCCCAUUCAUGAGAAAUAGUGAGUAUGAUAAGACAUGAAUGUAACACAGUAUGCAUCCAUAAAUACAUAUUGGGUGAAAUCCAGAUCCAUUAAUACUACUAGGAAUUUUGCCAUUGACUUCUGUGCAGCAUGUCAUGUUCACUUUUUAUCAGUGAAAGAAUAAGAGAAGAUACAAAAUGUGUGUAAAUAAGCAUGGGUCAUAGGAUUGUUCAAAGACUCAGAAUUAAAAUUUCAGAAUAUCCUUAGCCAGAUUUUCUCCAGAAAGCAUUCUACCUAAGGACAUCAAGGAUAGUACAGUGGUACCUUGGGAUACAUAUGCUUCAGGUUACAUACACUUCAGGUUACAGACUCCGCUGACCCAGAAAUAGUGCUUCAGGUUAAGAACUUUGCUUCAGGAUAAGAACAGAAAUUGGGCUCCGGUGGCGCUGCGGCCGCAGGAGGCCCAUUAGCUAAAGUGGUGCUUCAGGUUAAGAACAGUUUCAAGUUAAGAAUGGACCUCCGGAACGAAUUAAGUACUUAACCCGAGGUACCACUAUCAUAGAAUCAUAGAAUCAUAGAGUUGGAAGAGACCACAAGGGCCAUUGAGUCCAACCCCCUGCCAAGCAGGAAACACCAUCAGAGCACUCCUGACAUAUGGUUGUCAAGCCUCUGCUUAAAGACCUCCAAAGAAGGAGACUCCACCACACUCCUUGGCAGCAAAUUCCACUGUCGAACAGCUCUUACUGUCAGGAAGUUCUUCCUAAUGUUUAGGUGGAAUCUUCUUUCCUGUAGUUUGGAUCCAUUGCUCCGUGUCCGCUUCUCUGGAGCAGCAGAAAACAACCUUUCUCCCUCCUCUAUGUGACAUCCUUUUAUAUAUUUGAACAUGGCUAUCAUAUCACCCCUUAACCUCCUCUUCUCCAGGCUAAACAUGCCCAGCUCCCUUAGCCGUUCCUCAUAAGGCAUCGUUUCCAGGCCUUUGACCAUUUUGGUUGCCCUCCUCUGGACACAUUCCAGUUUGUCAGUGUCCUUCUUGAACUGUGGUGCCCAGAACUGGACACAGUACUCCAGGUGAGGUCUGACCAGAGCAGAAUACAGUGGCACUAUUACUUCCCUUGAUCUAGAUGCUAUACUCCUAUUGAUGCAGCCCAGAAUUGCAUUGGCUUUUUUAGCUGCCGCCUCACACUGUUGGCUCAUGUCAAGUUUGUGGUCAACCAAGACUCCUAGAUCCUUUUCACAUGUACUGCUCUCAAGGCAGGUGUCACCCAUCUUGUAUUUGUGCCUCUCAUUUUUUUUGCCCAAGUGCAAUACUUUACAUUUCUCCCUGUUAAAAUUCAUCUUGUUUGUUUUGGCCCAGUUCUCUAAUCUGUCAUUUACUAUACCUGUAAAUGUUAGGCUUUGGGAUGAUGGUUUGAAGGAGUAGUAAAUGACAUUGUUAGAUCAAAAUAAAUGUCUAAAAUAGCACUAUAAGCAGUACUAUAGCUGCAAGCUAAAUAAGAUUUAAACUUGUGCAGAUAGAUGUUGUGUCUUGAAUGAUAGAUUACAACCGGUUUUAACUUUGUGAUGGCUGCUAGUUGUAAAUAAGUAAGUUGAACUUAUGAACUAGCAUGUAUUUGGAGUAUGACAACACUCUCCUAGGUUGUGAGACCUGGGGUGGGAAGGUGAAGCUAUAAUCAGAAAUUGCAAUGGGUUGCAUACAGUAUCCAGUUCCUAUCUUAUACAUUCCCAAGUUCAGUUUUCCAAAAUUCUAAGUUAAAUAUUUCAUUAGCAUAAUCUUUUAACAGAGAUCAAAGUUUAAAUUUCCCUUUAAUAUUAUUCAAGGAAAAUCCUCAUUAACAUUAAUAGUAGUUCUGACUUUGAGUAGAGGGCAGAAUUUGAUGUAUGGUAAUAUUGCAUGCAACUAAUGUUGAUUUAUUAAGCUGGGUAUUUCCUUACUAAAUCUUCAUCAUUUUUAUUUUAUCUCCGCAAACAGUUAACUCUGCUUUGUCUGCUAACUAGCUUGCAGUAUUAUUAAAAGUAAUUGUGGAGAGAGAUAAUUGCAGAGACAUACAUAAUGACAUACAAGUCAUUACCAAUUGCUAUAUGCAAUGAACUAAAUUAGGUCACAUACAUUUUUCACCUUUGGGUGAAAAAGACAGAAUGGGGCAAUUUGAACUGGAAAUGUAUCUGCUAUUAAACUUUAUUUUCUAUAAUUUACAAAUAAGCAAUCAGUCUGGAUUUUUUUGUACAUAAUUAAUUGUGUUACAUUCAUGAAACAGUUGUUUUCAGUACUUAUAUGUAAGGCUGAUUUCUGUGAUACAUACAUAAAAAGAAUGGAGGCAAGCCAUGAGAAACUUUCCUAGUACAAGUUGUAUUAACAUGAGUGGAAGAUCAAGGUGAAUAGAACCCUUAAUUCUGCAACAUUCAACAAAGUUUGGAGGAGAGUUGAUUGUCCACAUUUUAGAGAUGCCAGUGGAUCCUACUGCUUUUCCAUUCAAGGGCUCUAAAAAGACAUCACCUUGCUGACAAAGGUCCAAAUAGUUAAAGCUAUGGUUUUCCCAGUAGUGAUGUAUGGAAGUGAGAGCUGGACCAUAAAGAAGGCUGAUCACUGAAGAAUUGAUGCUUUUGAAUUAUGGUGCUGGAGGAGACUCUUGAGAGUCCCAUGGACUGCAAGAAGAUCAAACCUAUCUAUUCUUAAGGAAAUCGGCCCUGAGUGCUCACUGGAAGGACAGAUCCUGAAGCUGAGGCUCCAAUACUUUGGCUACCUCAGGAGAAGAGAAGACUCCCUGGAAAAGACCCUGAUGUUGGGAAAGAUUGAGGGCACAAGGAGAAGGGGACGACAGGACGAGAUGGUUGGACAGUGUUCUCGAAGCUACCAGCAUGAGUUUGACUAAACUGCGGGAGGCAGUGGAAGACAGGAGUGCCUGGCGUGCUCUGGUCCAUGGGGUCACGAAGAGUCGAACACGCAUAAACGACUAAACAACAACAACAAAAUUUCAACACAUUGGGAAUGAAUGCUAGUAAAGGCUCCCAGGGAUUCACAAAGUGGAUGCUGCACUGUGCCUGCCUUCCCCUGUUGCAAGCCCUGGAAGAAUGACCAUUGCAUCAUUUCCCUCCUAAAUUUUGGGUAGUCCUGGCUGCAUCAGAGUACCUUUCCUUGCCAAGGAUUGGGAGUAGAGCUACAUAUUCCAGAAUCCUCAGGAGAAGCUGGUUCUCUGUGUUUAUUUGUUUGUCCUGAAUCUCCUUCCAUUCAACUCUAGGUUCCAUAAUUUUGAAAACAGAGGGAGAAGGAAAAACCCAUGCAUAAUUUAUACACCUUUAACACAUAGCAGGUGUCAUGGAAAAUCCAUCAUGCCUGUAUGUAUAAGUAUGCAAUUUUGCAUAAUUUUAAUGCAGCUUUUGGCUCAUUCUAACUUGGUGACUGUCUCCUGAUGCAAAACAUGUUGUUUAUCCCUGAUUUAAGUGAAAGGUUUGUCUAAAUGUUGCUUCAAGCAUAUAGCUCCACCCACUUUUGACUUCCUGUAUAUUAUUAAUCCGCAUUAUCACCCAUUUCUGCUUAGUUAAACUAUCCAUAUGGCAAUCUUUUGGGAUCCACUGUGAGGUUCUUUCUAGUGUUAAUACACUUUAAGUUUGGAUGCUACUCAACUUCAUGCAUUCAAUAAUGAAAAAGCUUUCAAAGAGGCACCUUUAAAUGUGUGAAAGAAAUUAUUUGUUUUCUUGUUUUUCUUUGCAAUAUACUUAGUUAUUGUUUAACUGUAAUCUUUCUUUCUUUGUAGUGUAUGUAAUAAGUAGGGUUUGGAAUUCACUGAACACUUUAGCCUUGCUUAAGCUAUUAAUCUCAGCAGCCAUUUAUUGGUUUGUAUGCUACAAAGCAAGAGAGAUUAUCCCUUAAUUAAUUCCACUGAGAGGGUUCAGCUGCCGUCAUCAACCACAAUAUAGUUUCAUGAAUUAAUGUUGCAUGGAAAAUAUAAUGGAAUGCAUAAUAAAAUAGAAGUUAAAAUACCAGUUAUAAAAGUAGAAAUAAUAUGCAAGAAACUUGGAUGUGUCAUAUUAAACAUAUCAAACAUAACAGCUAUUAAAAAUAUGGGCACGAUCCAUUUAGGUAAUUACACAUUCUUUAAAAUGUUUUCAAUUGCAAAGACUUUAUGCAUAUCAAAAUAGGAUUUAUUCUCAACUGUAAUUAGAACUGAAGCAUUGUUUAUAAUAAUUAGGAGGCAAUUCAGUGACCAGUAACACUCCUAUAAUUUAUCUGAGGUCAUGGGGAUUACACUAAUACAAGUGGCCAUUGAAUAGCAAUACUGUAAUUAAUGAUAUGAAUAAUAAUAAUAUUCCAUUACAAAAAGAUGAAAUCUUGCACAAACAAAAAUCAAUGACAGCCUUGCUGUCUUAGCUGGGACUUUAUCCAAUCUGGGCACAUGAAAGAAACAUAAUAGGAGAUUAUUGCAGCUUGAAGUGUGCUCUCAUUUUCUUUUGUUAUGUGUUUUGGAGUUCUAUAAAUUGUUUGGAGAAGUAUACUUUGUUUUCCAUUUUUAUGGUUUAUUGGCACAGUGCAGUCACUUUUCCAUGCUACCAAGCAUUUUUAUUCCUCUGUUUCUAUUCUAUAUAUACUUUAAUUACAUCUACAGCACCAUUUCAUAUUACGUUGGAUUACAAUCCAACUUUUAUUAUAUAUUCUUUUUGUUCAUUUUCCAUCAUAAAUGGUUUAUUUAAUGAUAUAUAUGUAGCUUUGAAAAGCUGGUCUCUUGCAGUCAUUUCUAUAUCCGGGGCCAGAGAUAUUCCGUCACAGAUGAAACCGCUAUUCUUGGAUCCAGCAUUUUACAGCGUGACUUACUUAACAAAAUACUCUGUUGACUUAACCCUUCAAGGAAGUGCAUUAAGUUAGCUCCUCCAUUCAUUGUGAACCUUUCUCUGUCACCACUGCUGCCACAACCUAUCUGCUCCUGCCGCUGUUGCCUGCUCUGCUGCCGCUGCAUGCCCUACUACAUUCACCUCUGGCAGAGAAGUGUGCUGCCAUCAGCCAAUUUCAGGCAAGAUGAUGCCGAUAGUGGGUGAGGUCUCGCCCAAAUUGGAUGCGAUCUUGCCCAAAAUCGGUGCCAAUGGCAGAGACAGUGGGGCAGACUGUUUACCUCACUUUUUUGUGUAUGGAUGCUGCUGCUGGGCGUCGUUAAAAGGAUUGGCACUUAGGUAACUAACAGUUCACUGUUAGUAUAUGCUGUAUGUUGAUAUGAAUAGAAUAUUCAGCACUGUUACUGCAGUGCACCUUAUAACUAUCUAGCAUUUUAGAAAAAUCUUGCCAAGACAAGGUGUUUCCUAAUCAUCUUGGUUAAUAGCCAGUGAUGUUUUGAGUUUGUCAAAUCUUUUUUUGAAUUUACUUUACUAUUUGCAAACAUAUGCUGGAUUAUGGAGAAAGCUAGAGAGUUCCAGAAAAACAUCUACUUCUGCUUCAUUGACUAUGCAAAAGCAUUUGAUUGUGUCGACCACAGAAAACUGUGACAAGUUCUUAAAGAAAUGGGGGUGCCUGAUCACCUCAUCUGUCUCCUGAGAAAUCUCUGUGGGACAAGAAGCUACAGUUAGUACUGGAUAUGGAACAACUGAUUGGUUCAAAAUUGGGAAAGGAGUAUGACAAGGCUGUAUAUUGUCUCCCUGCUUAUUUAACUUAUAUGCAGAAUUCAUCAUGCGAAAGGCUGGACUGGAUGAAUCCCAAGACGGAAUUAGGAUUGCCAGAAGAAAUAUCAACAACCUUAGAUAUGCAGAUUUCACAACCUUGAUGGCAGAAAGUGAGGAGGAAUUAAAGAACCUUUUAAUGAGGGUGAAAGAGGAGAGUGCAAAAUAUGGUCUGAAGCUGAACAUAAAAAAACAACACUAAGAUCAUCACCACUGGUCCCAUCACCUCCUGGCAAAUAGAAGGGGGAGAAAUGGAGGCAGUGAGAGAUUUUACUUUCUUGGGCUCCAUGAUCACUGCAGAUGGUGACAGCAGUCACGAAAUUAAAAGACGCUUGCUUUUUGGGAGAAAAGCAAUGACAAACCUAGACAGCAUCUUAAAAAGCAGAGGCAUCACCUUGCCGACAAAAGUCUGUAUAGUUAAAGCUAUGGUGUUCCCAGUAGUGAUGUAUGGAAGUGAGAGCUGGACCAUAAAGAAGGCUGAUCAUCAAAGAAUUGAUGCUUUUGAAUUAUGGUGGUGGAGCAGACUCUUGAGAGUCCCAUGGACUGCAAGAAGAUCAAACCUAUCUAUUCUUAAGGAAAUCAGCCCUGAGUGCUCACUGGAAGGACAGAUCUUGAAGCUGAGACUCCAAUACUUUGGCUACCUUAUGAGAAGAGAAGACUCCCUGGAAAAGACCCUGAUGUUGGGAAAGAUUGAGGGCACAAGGAGAAGGGGACGACAGAGGACGAGAUGGUUGGACAGUGUUCUUGAAGCUACCAGCAUGAGUUUGACCAAACUGCAGGAGGCAGUGGAAGACAGGAAUGCCUGGCGUGCUGUGGUCCAUGGGGUCACGAAGAGUAGGACAUGACUAAAUGACUAAACAACAACAACAAUAAUUCACUGUUACGACAUAACAGCACAUUACAAGGAUCAAUUCAUUUCGUAUCGUGUAGAGGAAAUGACCUUUGUUUCUUUGAAGGCCUUUCUGCUUUGCAGAUAUAAUCAGUUUUUAAAAAAUGAUUGCACUUUCAUGACUUGCCCAAGGAAGUUUGAGAACUAACUUUUUUCUAGGGUUGUGAGCAAUAUUAAACCCCCUUUGCAGAAAUUCUGUGUGGUCUCAAUAGUGUUUCACUGUGAGCAGCUGCAUCUACUGCAGCAUCAUGUACAAUAAAUUCCAAGCAUCUUCCUUUUGAGAACUGACAAGGGGUAUACCACUCAGUGCCUUGUUACCUUCUCAGUUUAUAUAAGGAUAGAUGUUGGAAUGGUAUUGCCUGUAAAAGUUGACUAGGUUCAGCAUUUGACUGCACUCAAUAUAUGAAUAGCUUUAGAGGAAUAACUUUAGAGGUGACUUCAAAAAUUUGAUCUGUGGUGUCGAUUUGCAGUUGUUUCUAUAUGCAAGUUACUACUCUUAUGUGACAGCAGUCACGAAAUUAAAAGACGCCUGCUCCUUGGGAGAAAGGCGAUGGCAAAGCUAGACAGCAUCUUAAAAAGCAGAGACAUCACCUUGCCAACAAAGGUCCGUAUAGUUAAAGCCAUGGUUUUCCCAGUAGUGAUGUAUGGAAGUGAGAGCUGGACCAUCAAGAAGGCUGAUCGCCGAGAAUUGAUGCUUUUGAAUUAUGGUGCUGGAGGAGACUCUUGAGAGUCCCAUGGACUGCAAGAAGAUCAAAUGCAUACAUUCUGAAGGAAAUCAGCCCUGAGUGCUCACUGGAAGGACAGAUCGUGAAGCUGAGACUCCAAUACUUUGCCUACCUCAUGAGAAGAGAACACUCCCUGGAAAAGACCCGGAUGUUGGGAAAGAUUGAGGGCACAAGGAGAAGGGGACGACAGAGGACGAGAUGGUUGGACAGUGUUCUUGAAGCUACAAACAUGAGUCUGACCAAAGAGUCGGACACGACUAAACGACUAAACAACAACAACAACAACUUUAUGUUGAAGUUGUUGAUGAUGCACUCACCCUGGAUAUAAUUGAGGGUGGUGUGCUUGUUAUAUGGCUGUUUUGUAGCUCUUUAUUUUCUGAAAACAAAUAGCUGGUGUGUGAAUGCGAAGCCAUAUCUGGAAUAUGCUAUCAGGAAGGGGAGUAAACCCUUUGCUUCUGCUGCGGUCCCAGUCAGACUCCCUGUCCCCACCCACCCCAUGCUUAUUGUUCACAUAGGAUAAAAUCCCACUGCAAACAGCACAUGUGGGCAACCUGUUUCCAUCUGGGACAAAGAUUUAAAUCUCCCUACUCCCCACAGAAUGGUGCUGAUCCCAUACUGAUUAUUUGUGAAAGAGAAAGCCACACAAAACCAAACCAGAUGACAAGUGUACAUCUGGCUUGGUCCUUUGUUAAGAAGAGGCGCUUCUAUGAAACUGGGAAUUCCAAAAAGGAGAGAGAAACAAAAUAAAACAAUAAAUCUAACUCAUAUCCUUGUUUUUUUCUACUAUGGUCAUUUACCAUAUAUGCAUGUAAUUAUAUCUGCCCACAUCCUUUCUUCUUGUCUUUACUGUUUAUUUUAACCACUUUGCAUCAGGAAUGUGUUUGCUGCCUGUACAACAGUGUAAGCGACCACGUACAAUUUGAGGCAUCUGCAGUGUCCUAAAUAAAAGUGGUAAUAUAAAGCACCAGUACAUUUUAAAUGAACAGAGGGUCUGAAUUUUUUCUUCCAUGAAGGAACAGUUAACUCUGAAAGGGAAAUGGUUGGUAGUUUUUAGUGAACAUCAUUUGGGAGUUAUAAAACUUGAUAUAGAGAAAAUGACUAAGUGGAAACUAAAAUCUUAGUAAAACUCCUAUAGUGAUAUGAUACAAUUUUAGUGUUUUGAAGGGAGAGCAUGUCUCAUUUACUAUGUUCUUUCCAGAGGGCUUAAACUUACAGAAAUUGUGUCACUAAUGUUGUUGUUGUUGUUUAGUCGUUUAGUCGUGUCCGACUCUUCAUGACCCCAUGGACCAGAGCACGCCAGGCACUCCUGUCUUCCACUGCCUCCCACAGUUUGGUCAGACUCAUGUUUGUAGCUUCGAGAACACUAUCCAACCAUCUUGUCCUCUGUCGUCCCCUUCUCCUUGUGCCCUCCAUCUUUCCCAACAUCAGGGUCUUUUCCAGGGAGUCUUCUCUUCUCAUGAGGUGGCCAAAGUACUGGAGCCUCAGCUUCACAAUCUGUCCUUCCAGUGAGCAUGUCACUAAUAGUUACCUCCAAGUGUUACAAAUUGUGGAUAAUUGUGUAUUUUUCACUUCUUCAGUAAUGAUAGUUAGGAUAAGCAGAUUAAGUAAAGCAUAAUGGAAUCCAAUAUUUAAAACAUAUGUGAUGCCAGUGUGAUGUUAAUUAUCUUAAAUCUCUUUUUAGUGAAUACUUUUUCUAGUAUUUUCUACCUUUUACAUCUUGUAACUCAUUGGUGGGUACUUCAUGAGUUUCUUGGGGAAAAGAGGUAUUGUGGCUUACCCAAUAUAAAAGGAAGUCAAGAAAAACCUAAAUAGUCUGGGUUGUAGCAGAAGUCAGACAAAAACAACUGAUACCCAUGCUCCUAGAACCCUGCCUGACUCUUAAUGAGAGGUCAAUGUAGAAGUUGGAGAUAUUUUGCUUGCAGGAGCAGACUACGGUUUAACCUUGCAACUUUUUUUUUUUUUUUAAGUGAAGUGUUUCACUUGACAUGUUAUAUAAAGCAAGGGUUUGCAAAUGUUUCAGGUUUGUUUUUAUGUAUUGCAUUUGAUUUUAAACAUUUUAGGCUGCUUUUCCAAAGCACUAAAGCAAGCAAACAAAAAGUGUCACUACACUUUUGUAACUUUGAUUUAUGCCUCUGGAAGUGCUUUACAACACAAUCCUAUGCAUAUUUACUUAGAAGUAAAUCCUGUUAAUUUCAGUGAGGCUCCCACCCAUGUAAGCAUGAAUAGGGUUGCAUCCUUAAUUGCACUCCUAACUAGCUUUGUGCCAACAAUUUCUACUGUGCUUCCCUCCUGCUCCACAACCAUUCUCCUUCAGUUACUGAGAAAAGGAAUCACAUUUGAAAAUUAUCAAAGGAACAGACAAUUUUCUCCAUGAAAACAAAAGCCCUGGAAUCCCUUAGAUAUCUGAACCAACUCAGCCAUAUUUAAAAUGUUAUGUCUUUCUUAACUUUUAAACAUUAUCAUGCUGCUCCAGAGUGAGAUUUGAAUUAUAGGUAGAACCAAUUUCUAUAGCAUAUUUAUGCUUUCCCAGGUAAAUGUGCAGAAAAGAGAUACAUUUUGUGUGUGCUUUCUCACUCUUUUAUCUCCUUGCAUGUGACAGAAAACCCUUCAGGAUAAUAUAGAUGUUAUUUACAGUCUGUGACCUCCCUCUGCCUUUUUCAGUGCCAUGUAAUCCUGACUCUGGUGUGUUUGGUCUAGCAUUUGGUCACGCUGCAGAGUAUGUCGCUGGACCAGAAAUGAAUUGACUUCAAAAUCUGCUUAUUUGGUUAUGCGAUUGACAAUAGGAUUCCACUUACUUGGGAGUGAUUUGUGGCUCAUGUAGGCUAGAUAGUCUUAUCAUUGCUAUUACAUAACUAGUUUAGUUAACUUGUACAGUUGUAACUUAGUUUUUGAACAGCUUAGUAAUCGGAACGUUUUGGCUCCUGAACACUGUAAACCUGGAAGUGACUGUUCUGUUUUGCAAACUAUUUUUGGAAGCCAAACGUCCAACGGGGCUUCAGCAGCUUACGAUUGGCUGCAGGAGCGUCCUGCAGCCAAUCAGAAACUGCGCUUUGGUUUCUGAAGAUUUUGGAAGUUGAAUGGACUUCUGGAACAGAUUCUGUUCGACUUCCAAGGUACAACUGUAUCCAAUUCCCACUAGACUUGGUGGAGCCUCCACUACCACCAAGUACUCACGGUGACUUAGAAUCAGGCAUAUUGUUCACACUUAAAACCCGGAGGUAAAGCUGUUAAGGUCAUAUUGAUUCCCAAUCUGUUUACUAUGGCAUUAGUUACCCCUCCCAGUUUGGUGUCAUCUGCAAAUUUGAUGAGCGUCCCCUCAGUUCCCUUGUCCAAGUCGUUUAUAAAGAUGUUGAACUACAGCACAGUCAGAGGUGAGGAGUGAGGAGGCACCGGGGAGACUGUCACACUGCAUCCCACAUGAAAGUGGAUGAGGCCCACUCUUAGAUAAACACUAUUUUAAAUCAUUCUCAUUGAAAUAAAAAAGGCUUCACUUUGGCUGGGGUGUCUCCAGUGUUUUCUCUUAACAGCACAUUUCACGAAGCCAUUUACAGGAAAAGCAUAUUAAUAAAGAAGUGGUAUUCCAAUUUUAUUGCUCCAUAAAAAUAAGUAAUAAAAACGUCGCUGUUAUUUUGUACCUCCUUGCUUCUGUUUUUGGUCCCAGCAUGCUGUUAUGCUAAACACAGAAUUUCCUGUGAAAUUUGCAGUAAAUCAGAUUAUAUGGAAGCAAGAUUUAAGGCAGGCAUAGGCAAACUCCGGCCCUCCAGAUGUUUGGGACUACAGUUCUCAUCAUCCCUGACCACUGGUCCUGUUAGAUAGGGAUGAUGGGAAUUGUAGUCCCAAACAUCUGGAGGGCCAGAGUUUGCCUACGCCUGAUUUAAGGAAUACUUUAAUUUGGCUAACUGUUAAUAUUUGGUGAUGGCUGCAGGAUAAAUCUCUCAGUUCUUCUGCAGUCUUGUUUAUUUAAAACUUACCUGAAAUCUUAAUCCUAGACUGUAAAAUAGUCUUACCUGAAAAAUAGUCCUACCUAGACUGUAAAUGAACCUUUCAUGGCAUAUAUACCACAUCAGAGUUGUGCUUUUGUUAUGCAGAACUAUUAUUUCAUUGAAGUUGUUGAUGUCAGCAAGGCUUAAGUUGUCCCAUGACUCUGACAGGAUCACCUAGAAUGGCGCAGGUAAAUCCAUCAACUGCCUUCCUGAUAUAUUGUAGCAUGUUAAUACCAUUAAAAGAUGUCUGCUUCUUGGGAGAAAAGCAAUGAUAUAUCUAGACAGCAUCCUAAAAAGCAGAGACAUCACCUUGCCAACAAAUGUCUGUAUAGUUAAAGCUAUGGUGUUCCCAGUAGUGAUGUAUGGAAGUGAGAGCUGGACCAUAAAGAAGGCUGAUCGCCGAAGAAUUGAUGCUUUUGUAUUAUGGUGGUGGAGCAGACUCUUGAGAGUCCCAUGGACUGCAAGAAGAUCAAACCCAUCUAUUCUUAAGGAAAUCAGCCCUGAGUGCUCACUGGAAGGACAGAUCUUGAAGCUGAGGCUCCAAUACUUUGGCUACCUCAUGAGAAGAGAAGACUCCCUGGAAAAGACCCUGAUGUUGGGAAAGAUUGAGGGCACAAGGAGAAGGGGACGACAGAGGACGAGAUGGUUGGACAGUGUUCUCGAAGCUACCAGCAUGAGUUUGACCAAACUGCGGGAGGCAGUGGAAGACAGGAGUGCCUGGCGUGCUCUGGUCCAUGGGGUCACGAAGAGUCGGACAUGACUAAACGACUAAACAACAACAACAACAAUACCUUUCACUUCUUACUACAACUGUUUCCCCAUUGUACGGUGAACAUGUGGAGAGGAUUGUACACGCUGUUGCUGGUCUUAACUUCCAUGUACUCAUGCACAUGUACAGUGGUACCUCGCAAGACGAAUGCCUCGCAAGACGGAAAACUCGCAAAACGAAAGGGUUUUUGGUUUUUUGAGUUGCUUCGCAAGACAACUUUCCCUAUGGGUUUGCUUCGCAAGACGGAAACGUCUUGCAAGUUUGUUUCCUUUUUCUUAAAACCGUUAAUACAGUUGUGACUUGACUUCGAGGAGCAACUCAUAGCACGCGGUGUGGUAGCCUUUUUUGAUGUUUUUGAAGACUUUGGUGAUUUUUGAAGCUUUUCCAAAACUUUUCCGACACCGUGCUUCGCAAGACGAAAAAAACCGCAAGACGAAAAAACUCGUGGAACGAAUUAAUUUCGUCUUGCGAGCCACCACUGUACAGUGGUGCCCCGCAAGACGAAUGCCUCGCAAGACGAAAAACUCGCUAGACGAAAGGGUUUUGCGUUUUUUGAGUCGUUCCGCAAGACGAAUUUCCCUAUGGGCUUGCUUCGCAAGACGAAACGUCUUGUGAGUUCUUGCGAGUUUGUUUCCGUUUUCUUAAAGCCGCUAAGCUGCUGAUAGCCGCUAAGCUGUCGCUAUAGACGUGCCAGAAAAAACCGCAAGACGAAGAGACUCGCGGAACGGAUUAAUUUCGUCUUGCGAGGCACCACUGUACAACUUUUGUAGACUUUGUGUGGUUUGAGAACUUUGCUUUUCCACAGUCCUCGAGUAUACAGAGAGAACCUUACUUGCACACAGUGUUAUAUGUAUAAGCUCUGUUCAGAUGUUCAGCUGAAUGCACAGACGUCAGGCUGCACUGAGAUCUGCAGCUACUUCUCCCCAGUCCGCAUGUCCACUGAACACUAAUAUGUUGUGAACAGUGCUUUCAGUUGUUACCCCAUUCAGGAAUGUAAGGUUGAUGUGUGGGGAUCAUUUCCACAUAAUAUUUUUCAUUGUGGGAAUCCUUCUGCAUGUUUCCCAAUACAGGAUCUCAUGCUGGAACAUUCAAGAACACGAGGAUAAAUUAAUUAUAGAAUGAUGACCUUAUCCCAACCUCUCUAUCUCCUGGGAUUUUUCUCUUGGAAAAAAGCUACUGCAGCAGUCGGGAGAUUGGGGAACCUUUUACUGAAGGAUAUGUUCAUGGAUUACUGCUAUAUUUAUCUCCUCUUUUUCUGCUGGACUCUCAUUGCUGGAUUUUGUAGUAAAGGAAAGAUGGAGAAAUUGGAGGUAGGGAUUAUUACCCCUCCCCUUAAACUCAAGUUGCACAGGAAUCUUUGCUGCACCUUUUCUAGUAGUUCUUUGCAUAAUAAAACUUAAUUAUUGUCAAAUUCUGGAGGAGGCUGGAACAGAUGGAAGCUCUUCCUUCUGUGCAUCCUUGUGUGGUUCUAAAAACAGGACUUUCAGCUUUCUCCCUUUUCUGCUGGAAAGAACUGAUUUGUACUUUUAGACGUUUGCACUCUGGCCCCAAAUCCAUUUACACUGAAGAAAAUCCCACCAGUAGAAUACUUACAAGUAUAUUCCAUCAGUGGUACUUUUCCUCGGCAUAAAUGGAUUUGGGGUCAUAGCGUAAGCAUCUAAAAAGACACUUCAGUUCUUUCAGAUAGAAGGAAUUACCUAAAGUCAUGAAUACCUUAAAUCCUGUAGUAAAAAUACAGUGGUACCUCGGGUUACAGAUGCUUCAGAUUACACGUUUUCGGGUUGUGCACCAUGCCAAACCCAGAAGUCCUGGAACAGGUUACUUUCGGGUUUCAGCACUUGCGCAUGCACAGAAACACUAAAUUGCGCUUUGCGCAUGUGCAGAAGUCCAAAUCGCAACCCGCACGUGCGCAGACAUGGCGCGGUAGGUUGUGAAUGCUCCAGGUUGCAAACGUGCCUGCCACACGGAUCAUGUUCACAACCCAAGGUUCCAGUGUAGUGAGUUAAAAUACUGAGUUCAUACUUAAACUUCACAGUAUAACUCACUCCCCCCCCCAUUUUUUCUACUGGAAAUGUUUUUCUACUAGAAAAAAUAGGAUAUAUAAUGGCCUGGUUCACAACAUUAAACUAUGGUUGACACCAGUCUAUGGUUAACUCUACCCUUCAGUUAACAGUCACCACAGUUCAUGCUGAUUCAGGCAUAAUUAGUAAUUGUGGUUACUUGAAAAUGGAAGUGAAAGCUGACUGGUAAUAACUAAGGCUGAGAUCCUAUACAAACUUCCCUGAAAUGAGCCUUAUUUAACGCAAUGUGAUAUACUGUUGAAUAAAUAUGCACAGGGAUUCGACUGAACAGCUGUAAUCUUGUGCAAAAUAAGAGUGCUGAAAUCCUUUCAAAGUCACUGGGAUUGGCAGCCUGAUUCUGAAUAUGUGUACUUAAUAAAACACAUUGAAUUCAGCGGGACUUUCUAGAAAUAUGCAUAUGCUCAGAAGCAUGUUUUUGCUGGUGCUGCGUCCUUUUUUCUUUGCCACCAAGUAAUUAAGUGGGCAAGAGGCAGUGACAAGGAAUAGCCACUAUCUCACUCACCUGCUCUCGCACUUGAAGUAGCUCCCAUCCAUAGGGACCCACUUGGUAUGAUUUUGGUGUCUGGUGAUGACAGCUCCUCCUUAGCUACAGUUGGUUAUCACUUGACACUGAUGUUAGUGCGUCAGGUGGGGCAGCUGUGUGGUUAGGACUGGAGUCUAAAGCAAACUAAUUGUUGUCAGGUUUGCAUACUUACGGUGACAUUAAAGAGGGACCAAUUAUGCAUACUAAAUUUGCAGAACUGCUGAAAAGAGGACAGGAUUCAUGUAUCAGCAUGAAGUAACAAAGAGAGUAUUGGAAUUGGAAGUAUCUUUCUAAUCAGUGCAAUGAUGGUUCAGACCAUAAGAGAGUAGUUCUCUGUCAGUAAUAAUGCUGGAAAGGUAGUACAUUAAUUUCUGCUAGAUACCUAUAAUCUCAUUUCAUUGAGAUUGCUAUAGUGUUACCUUCUCUGGGUUCUCUUCUUGUCUCUCCAAAAUGCCUAUGUCAGUAUUUUCAUGUAUUUUACGACUCCUCCAUGCACAAGAAGUCUGUUUAAGCAAAAGGAAAUCAAAAUAUAAGCCUUCUAUGUGUUUGGCCAGUAAGGUGUUUGGCAGCCUGAUUCUGAAUCACUGAUUCUGAAGGACCCCUGGACGGUUAAGUCCCAUCAAAGGCGACUAUGGGGUGUGGUGCUCAUUUUGCUUUCAGGAUGAGGGAGCCAGUGUUUGUCCACAGACAGCUUUCUGCAUGACUAAACCACUUCUGGCGCAACAGAACACCGUGACGGAAGCCAUAGCGCACGGAAAUGCCAUUUACCUUUCUGCCACAGCAGUACCUAUUUAUCUACUUGCAUUGACGUGCUUUUGAACUGCUAGGUUGCAGGAGUUGGGACACAGCAAUGGAAGCUCACCCCAUCACUUGGAUUCGAACUGCCAAACUUCCAUUCUGCAAGCCCAAGAGGCUCAGUGGUUUAGAUCACAGCAGUUUGGCCAAUAUCUAAACCUUGGUGCCAACAUUUAGUUUUAAGGCUGUUUAUAAGCCUGAUAUAAUGUGAGGUUGCAGCCACAUAGGCCAGCAGAUGAAGAAAAAGGAGGCAUGGCAAAUCAGAGCAUAGUUGUAGUAGGCAGAGAAGCAGGCCUGGUUACUGCAUGACCAGAUUUUUAAAAUUGCCACAGUGAGCUGUGGCAUCUGAUGCAGCUAAGAAUUAGAAGAUUUUAGCAGUUUGGUUCCCAUUAGUAGAGUUCCUUUGAUAUUUGGAAAUGAAUGUUCGAGUCUAAUGGAACAGAUUGCCGCAAAUUUGUUGAUACCUUCCAGUGUUAGUCAACUACAGGUGCCAGUUGUACCGUAAUUGCUGGGUAUACUAAUGGACUCAUCAAAGUCAGAUGUGCCUGUUCAAAGAACAGGAUCUGAUGAGCAAAUUGCUGUCACAGCAACUAUGAAAGGUGUUACAUUUCCCUAUCAUAAAUGCAUUAAUGCUAGACAAAGAAACAUGUUCAAUUUCUUUGGAACUAAAAUAUUUCUAUACUUCAGAGUCAUUUGUUGUCCAUUCAGAUUCAUGUAUGAAGAAAGCAUUAGGUUGUCCUCCAUACUUGAAAACUUUAUUGGGUAGCAUUUAAAUAUUGUAAAUAAAUAAAGAAGGGGUCUUUUUCCACUGGAGAUAGAUAGAUAGUUAAAUGGCUACAAUUUUACCAUAGUUAUACAGUAUAACUGACCUUCUAAAUGUUGGGAACAGUAUUGCUGUAGGUUUAAAACUGUACUUGCUUAUCAGAGCUGUCAAUGACUUAUUGAUUACUUAAUUAGUUUUCUAAGCUGCCUAAUCAAGGGUAGAUGUCGGUGUCUAUUCCUGCCAGCUCAACAUUUAGAAGAACUGUGAGAACCUAAGCAAAUGAAAUAGAUUUGAGUAUUCUGAACUGGGCAGACGAGUGCAUUCAUUACAACAUGAAAAUAAAGCAUACACUGGGGAAUGACUAUUUGCAUUAAUUUUCUGUAGGAACGACAAACAGUUUCUUUUUUGCUGUUUUUUAAUCUUUUAUGGGGUUAUUUACUUAGCUACCCUGGAUCUAACUUACCAAUGAUAAUUUCAUAUUAUGUGCAAACGUGUAACUGAGAUUUGGGGCUGAUUUUUCUUAAAGGAAAAUUAGGUUGGAGAAUUUGGAUCAUGGGUAUGGUAAUGGGAUGCUUAAUAUUUUCCCCACUUUCUCUUUCUCUGUUCCAUCCCUUCCCCUGCUUUUUGCAAGGUUGGAAGAUGGCUUCUAUUGAAUCAGAAUAUUGGUCUAUCUAGUUCAGUAUUAUCAACUCUGACUGGCAGUCUCUCCCCAGGGUUUCAGAUAUGAGCCUCUGCCCCCUUCUCCCAGGGUCAGAGGUUGAACCUCCUCCAUUCAAAGCAAGUGCUCUUAUACUUAGUGGCUUUCAGUUUCUGAUCUCCCUGUGUGUUCAAAAUGUGCCUUUUUGUGCUUAAGAUGGUGGGAAGAAAGCCAUGCAUAUAAUGCAUUUUGGAAUGGGGAAAUUGUGGACAUGGAAAGGAUUGAGCUCAUUGCCCCCAUAUUUCAUCCCCCUUCCUUGACAAUAAUUAGUUUCUACUUAGGUCAUUUAGUGUUCCUACUUGACCCGAUUGGUUAGUCUUUUAAUACUGCUUUAGUUACCUUAAAUCCUGUUGGAAUGCAUUACCAUCCAGUCAGAUUCUCUUGAGAAUUGACUGUGUUAAAAUUUAUUUGUCAAGUGACUUUUUAAGAGAAUACUCCAAAGUAAGUUACUUGUGAGAUGUUAAUGAAAGUGCAGGUUUGAAUGGAGAAGACGUAGGGAUAAGGGAUGGGUAAGGGCUGUAAUCAGCUGGUUUAUAAUUUUAAAAUUAUUUCACAUUUUAAAAGAGUAAUGCUUCAAUAAAUAAAACCCAGGUGACAAAUAUCUUUGAAGUCCCUGAGCUCCUUCAGGAGGAAGGGAGGGAUAUAAAUUCAACAAAUAUAUGAAAGUACGCAGUGUUUCUCAUCAACAGUUUCAACGAUAGGUUCCAAAUACUUGAAACUCUUCAUAGCUUAAAUCUGCUUGCUGUUUUUGUAAUCCUGGAAGACUAUUUUUGACUCUGUCACCAGGCAGGAGGAAGAAUAUGAGUUUUUCAUUAUAGUAAAUCUUUCAUUUGACUUAAUCUAAGUUUUGGUGAAAUAUUCUAAAUAGAGCAAGGCCUAGUCUGGUUGGUGAAUGCUUGACAUAGUUCAAAAUGGUGGCAAUCUUUAAUUUUUUUAUAGUGUUGCCUCGCACCAUGGACUUAUUGUACAUGUUGUUCAAGAUGGUGUAAAUCUGUAUUUGUCCUGUUAAAGCUAAAGUGGAUUCCUUGAAUUGAGGUAUGGAAUCAGAUCCAGAGUAUUACAUACAGUUUAACUAUUGUUUAGUCUGAAUUUAUAGCAUAUAUUAGUAUAUAUGCUAUCCUUGAGUAACCUUCUUAUGCUUUGAUUUAGUGGUGAUUUAGUCAGAUAUAAACCAGGAAUGUGUUUCAUUUUGCCAUUGUUCACAUCAAUGGCAAGAAUGUGAGUAGAUACAUAUCAUUGUUAUUUAUCACUUGCAUUUCCCCGCUAAAUCCAUAUACUUAACUUCCUAUCAUUGUUCCUAUGACCAUUUCACCUUGGUGAUAGCCAGAAUAGCUGAAAUAGCUUUCUUUUAAGCUUGUUUAUAUGGGGAUUUGCAACAAAGUAUAGCAAUCUCCUAUCUUUUUGUGUUCGUUUUAGCAUCAAAUAAUUGCUGGCACGAGCAACAACACAUGACUAACUAGAUCACUGUGUUGCAAUAUUGUUACCUAGAAUCUUAUUAUAUAUCAGACGUAAAUCGUAAGUUUCUAAUUUGAAGUUGUUUCACUGUACCAAACCGAUCAUGGUACAUGGCUUUGCAAUUAUGAGACCGCUACAACAAAAAAUAAAAUGGUAGAGCUUAACACUGAUUCUUUGAGUGUAAUGAGUUGGGACCACAACAAAACAUGGUAUCCAAAAUGAUUUAUUGUAGUCAUUUUUUUCCUGGUUUACAAUGCAUUUUUAUUAUGAAAAGGAUUUCAUUGUCACUCUUGGCACCAAGGGGUGUUUGCAUAAUAAACCAAGAUACUUUUACAAUAGUUACAAGAGCUGCAAAGUCUGCCAAUUUCAAAGGAUUAGUUUAGCAACUCGUAUAUAUUUGAGCAAUGAGCUUCAUGUUACCAAGCUUGAUAAAACAAACAUUGCGGUCAUAGAAGGAAAACAUGCUCAAAACAACAACUAAGAUGUGGACAAGCUCUUGAGUAUCUUCUUGCCACUAUUCAACAAAUAUUAGGAAAAAACAAUGCCUUUUAACAUCAAUGCAGUGAUGUUAGGGACUAGCAGCCCAAUAUAUCGGCUUAAAUGCAGGUGUUGUUAUUUUGUAGCAGUAGUUUAAAUUCUGAACGUCACUGAAUUUACAUUGGGUUUCAGUUGGCUUCAGUAAAUGUUGAAGCCCCAAUGGGGGAACCCAAAACCAUACAUAUAAAAAGCAGACAUUUGAAGUAAUAUGCAAGCCACUUCAAGUUUAGCACAAAGAAUUAUUUGCAGUGUUUCAACAGCCAGGCAAACAAAUGCUUAGUAAAUAUUUUAUGAACUUGUAUCUCUGCCACAAACAUUUUAUUGCUGAUGUGCACAGCAAUCCUGUUUAGGGUGGAUUAUGCUUAUGUAAGUGGGCAAUCUUGAAGUUGUCAUGAACAGAAACAUCUGCUUUGUAAGUCACCACUCAACCCACGUGGGCUGAAUUUGGAUGCUAUGGUAAACCAUGGUCUGUCGUGACAGGAAUAAGAAGCAUUUGCUUCUGUUGUGAUUAGCCAUUGCUUGUUCCCUUGUCCAAACCUCACAAACUGUGGUUACCUUCAGAAUGGAACAAACAAACUUCUAACAAAUGGGUAGGCACUGCUAUGAAGUUGCUCCAGACAGCUGGUGUGAAAAUUUAGAAUACAUUUCCAGGUUACAAAUUUUGAAUCCAUGUCUUCUUCUUUUUCCCAAAUUUUCAAAAUAAUAGUAACAAUCAUUUGAAAAAUAGAACCCUUUCACAGUAUUGGUGAAAAAAGUUGAAGAACUACAAUGGACAAAAAUAAUAAUUGUAAUACAUAAUUGGCUUGCACAACUGCACGUUAGCCUGAAUAAUUUAUUAUAAUGAUCUAAAUCUAACCUCUUCUACAUUCUACUUUAACUCCACUGUCACAAUCGAGGGUCUCAUCUUGUUUAGCUUUCAAUUCAUUAUGUUAAGGCAGUUUUUAUCCUUGUCUACCAACUAAAAUUGCAAUAAUAAAAUGGUAAACUUAGCAAAAUACAUAGGGAUGCUUUAGCUAUGUUAUUAAGAAUGUGGGCUUUAUCUCUCUGGAUUGGAUAUAGAAGAGCAGUGCAAACCUUGUCAGUAUUUGCACUGACCCCCCCCCCCCCCAAAAUCCUCUUACUUUUUAUCCGUCUAAAGCAGCUUCUCAAGUCCUCUUCAUAUAGCUGUUAUGCAGUGCUUAAAACACAAUGAGCAUUCAUUAUGCCAAAUCUGCAGACAUUACACUUGAUAUAAUUGCUGUCUGCCUUAAUUCCUGGUUUGUCCUUUUGCAAGCAUUAAUUACAUGUGUCAACAACAAUCAGUUUAGAGGAAGAUAAUUGUAGGUAUAGGAAAGGUUAUUCAUGGCAAAUACGUACUUGAAAUAUCAUGUCUCCAUAUUAUUAAAGUUUUAUCUCUUUCUAGAUUCUGUAGUUUGUAGGAGUUUUGAUCUUUUAGGCUUGAAUACGUGGGAAUAAAAUGGGCUAUUCUGUUCUGUGGUGCUAGUAUACAAAGUAAAGUGCUUUUUAAUGUUCCAUUAAUUUAAUGUAAAAAUUUGAACCCAUUCCUAACUUCUCCUUUGAAAUCUAUAGAACUUUUAAAACAUUAGGAAGGUUAUACAUCUCGUUUGACCUAAGCUAAUGAAUGUCAAUUUGCUUUGGCCUAAAUGCUUUGAAAACUACAUAAGCUGAUUUGUCCUUAACAUAAGGGUCUAUGAAAGAGAAUUAGUUUUUGGAGAAAAGUUUGAUUGCAUAAUUAAGAUUAGAUUUUCUGAUUACUUAAAUGACUGCUUCAUAUGACACCUGUACUGGGAAACAGUAGUUUAAGCAGUGCAUUAAAAUCAGUGUUGCAAACUAGGAUCUGAUUUGUUUGUAGGCACCACUUUAACUGCAGUUUUCUGAUUCAGGUGUCACAGGAAACUGGAUUAACAAAUCUAGAAGUUUUAGCUGCAGCAGGGCAUGCUAAAGGAUGAGGAGAAAAGCAUGUUGCUUCAGCAAAUUGUUCAUUUAGAAUUGGGUCUGACCUGGUUCACCACAAGUUGUUAAUGUGUUGCAGGUUUGGGACCAAGACUGCCGUCAGAAAUCUGGCAAGACCUGACUCACUCUGCCCCACUUAA